CGCAAGGCCGAGGCCGCCGCCGCGAAGGCAGCGGCUGCUGAUGCCGAACGAGCGGCCGCCGAGGCCGCUAAAUGGGACAAAGGAGCCAAGAGCAACGCCAAAAAGUGAGUCUCGCCUUUACUUCGUUUUCUUCCGUUGCCGGGUCUUCUUCGAUGAGGCCUUUUGGACGGUGUUUGCUGCGGGCUGCCACCGGGCCGUAUCGCCCGGUCAGCGAUUCGACAGGUGGCGAGGGGUCUGGCUGCUGUGUUGUCGUGACGGGGCAUUUGGGCUGCUGCAUGUCUUCCAUGGCACUGCAUAGCAGAUCACGGAGUCCGCCGACAACAGGCCCAUGCAUGCGCUGGCAUGGACCCUACGUGCCGAGCCGCUGCCUACCCAGCUGUUCCAUGGACUUGUCCAAGACUUGGUCCGCCCCCGGGCGUGGUCUGGGCGAUGAAUUCUGACCUCUCUCCACCACCCAACAGGGAAGCCGAAGAAGCCAAGAGAGCGGAGCAAGCCCGGAAGAAGGCUGAGAAAGAAGCCCUGCUCGCCGAGGAAGAGAAGAACACAGCAGGACGAUCGGCGCCCAAGAACUCCAAGACGGCAACCAAGAAGACUAGGGGGCUGGACCUGUCGCAACUUGACGACGUAGGCAACGGAGGCUUGCCGGCGUUGAGUGCAUCAGGAAUUGACAACGCCCUGGACGCCUUGUCCCUGACAUCUAAGUCGGACACGAAGAUCGACAAACACCCCGAGAGACGGUUCAAGGCAGCGUAUGCCCAGUUUGAGGAGCGACGACUUAAGGAGAUGGAGUCAGAUGGCAGCGGGGCAGGUCUUCGGCUCAACCAGAAGAAGGAGAAGAUCAAGAAGGAGUUUGAGCGCAGCCCCGAAAACCCGUUCAAUCAGCUUACGGCACGCUACGACGCUUCCAAGGAAGAGCUGGCAGAGCUUCGCGAGAAGGAAAAGAGCAAGAUCGAGGCCCGGCUCACGUCUAAGUCCUGAAAGCAGGGGACUCUUCUGUGCGGAGCAAGAGUCCGGGGAAAGAGAGGGGAACUACCAAGCUGGCCAAGGCUGGGGUAUCAUGCGCGGGACCCGGAAGAGAAGGGAUAGGAUUGGCGAAGGCGUCACAACCGAGGUGGUUGUCCAAUGGUGGCCUCUCCGAACCGGGGCAGCAUGGUUCGGUUUCGAAGUGGUAAAGGUCCACCGGUUUUGGGCGACGUGCAUGGGCGGGCGUCAGCCGACAGUCUUAUUGCGCCGUAUAUAGGUGCAGGCUUGAGCUUGGUAGGUAGGUGAUGGCGUGAAAGGUCGAGCGCUCAAUAGGUAGCUGUAAACGAACCCGGUGUGACGCG